CCGGACCCCAACACGCCGGCAGCAGUUGACGACAUCCAUACCUCGUGGUUUCCGCUCUUGCUCUCUGUUUUGUUCUGUUCUGUUCUGCUCACCCUUUGGCUUCUCACGCCUGUUGUCUGUCUCCCCAGCAGGAAAAUUAUCCCAUACCCUCACCUCGCCUGAACAUUUGCCAUCAUGCCUGGUUUCUCUCAGGCUACCGAGCUUCCUGCGUGGAAGGCUCUGCAGGACCACCACAACACCCUGGGACGCAAUAUUGUCCUGAAGGAGUGCUUCGAGAAGGACCCCCAGCGGUUUGAGAAGUUCAGUCGCACCUUCCAGAACACGGUGGACAACACCGAGAUUCUGUUUGACUUUUCCAAGAACUUCCUCACCGAUGAGACUCUGUCUUACUUGGUCAAGCUGGCCAAGGAGGCCGACGUGGAGAAGCUCCGCGAUGACAUGUUCAAGGGCGAAGCCAUCAACUUCACCGAGAACCGCGCUGUCUACCACAUGGCCCUGCGCAAUGUCACCAACCAGCCCAUGCAGGUCGAUGGCAAGAGUGUCGUUGAGGAGGUGAACUCCGUGCUGGAGCACAUGAAGGAGUUCUCGGAACAGGUGAGAAGUGGUGAGUGGAAGGGCUACACCGGCAAGAAGAUCAACACCAUCAUCAACAUUGGUAUCGGUGGCUCUGACCUCGGCCCGGUGAUGGUGACCGAAGCGCUCAAGCCCUACGGUGACCGUAACAUGACCUUGCACUUUGUCUCCAACAUUGAUGGAACCCACAUCGCAGAGGCUCUCAAGGAGUCGGAUCCGGAGACUACCCUCUUCCUCAUUGCGUCCAAGACCUUUACCACUGCUGAGACCACGACUAAUGCCAAUACCGCCAAGAAGUGGUUCCUCGAAACCGCCAAGGAUGAGGCCUAUAUCGCUAAGCACUUUGUUGCCCUGUCCACCAAUGAGUCGGAGGUGACCAAGUUCGGCAUCGAUGCGAAGAACAUGUUUGGCUUCGAGUCGUGGGUUGGCGGCCGCUACUCCGUGUGGAGUGCCAUCGGUCUGUCGGUUGCCCUCUACAUUGGCUUUGACAACUUCUACCAGUUCCUGGCGGGCGCCCACGCCAUGGACAAGCACUUCCGUGAGGCUCCCCUGGAGCAGAACAUCCCCGUCCUCGGCGGUCUCCUGAGUGUGUGGUAUAGCGACUUCUUCGGUGCCCAGACUCACCUCGUCGCUCCCUUCGACCAGUACCUGCACCGCUUCCCGGCCUACCUCCAGCAGCUCUCCAUGGAAAGCAACGGAAAGGCCAUCACUCGUUCCGGCGAGUAUGUGAAGUACACCACCGGCGCCAUCCUGUUCGGCGAGCCCGCCACCAACGCCCAGCACAGCUUCUUCCAGCUGCUUCACCAGGGCACCAAGCUCAUCCCUGCCGAUUUCAUCAUGGCGGCCGAGUCCCACAACCCCGUCGAAGGGGGCAAGCAUCAGCGCAUGCUUGCAUCCAACUUCCUCGCCCAGUCCGAGGCCUUGAUGGUGGGCAAGACCCCAGAGCAGGUCAAGACGGAGGGUGCUCCCGAUGACCUCGUUCCGCACAAGACCUUCCUGGGCAACCGCCCAACGACCUCCAUCCUUGCCCAGAAAAUCACCCCGGCCACACUGGGUGCCCUCAUUGCCUACUAUGAGCACGCCACGUUCACCGAGGGUGCGAUCUGGAACAUCAACUCCUUUGACCAGUGGGGUGUUGAACUCGGCAAGGUUCUCGCCAAGAAUAUCCAGAAGGAGCUCGAGACCGAGGGUGCCGGAGCCGGUCACGAUGCGUCCACCAGUGGCCUGCUCCUCGCUUUCAAGCAGAAGGCCAACCUGGCAUAAGCACCGCCGCAUUUUUAAUCUGUACCACACACCAAUUAAAAACAUGAAAUAUGAGCCUUGACAGCUCUUUGCAGCCUGUUAUGCAAUUGACCUUCGGUUGCCUUUUUUCUUUUACAUGAUCAGAAUUCACGAUCUCAUUAUGCCCA